AAAAGCGACCCAGGAAAAGCGACCAUACGUGGUGUUUUUGUUGUAGUGAUAGCUCCACCACAAGGAGCAGCAUAUGACAAGUGCAGAGAGGACAUCACCAAAGCACUGAAGUUGAAUGCACCCUGUGAAACAAAGAACUGCACCUUCAACGGCGUGUGGAGUGGCGGCGGUGGAGCUGGCCUGUCCGACCUCUACAUCACCACCAGCUUCUACUACACGGCAUCACAGGUUGGCUUGAUCGACAGCGAGGCUAGCAGUGCAAAGACCACCCCUGCGGCUUGGAGGGCUGCGGCAGAGAAGAUUUGCCCGCUGAGCUUCAAGGAAGCGAAGGAUGCGCACCCAAGGGUCCGAGCCAUUGACACGCCCUACAUUUGCAUGGAUCUCAUCUACCAGUACUCCUUGCUCGUGGAUGGAUUCGGUUUGGAGCCGACAAAAGAGAUCACAGUGGCAGAGAAGGUGAAGUACGGGGAAUACUUCAUCGAAGCCGCAUGGCCUCUUGGGGAAGCUAUAGAGGUCGUGUCGUCCACAAAUCGGCUCCGUGAUGCAUGAUUUAAAGUGAUAUAGUCCCUCGCCACAAGUUGCAUGUGUAGCUAUCCAUAGAGGUAGCAUGGACGCAUAUGCAUGCUUACCAUCUCCUUUUUUCCUCAGAAGUGCCAAGCACACCCUAUAGAUUUGGAUUGUUUACUAUUUGCAAUAAUAUUUUUAGAUUGUGUUUCUUGAGCUAUAGCAUGGUCGUAUGCUUGGAUGUUCGACGCAAUAUGUGUGCAAAUCAUAUUAUCUAAAAAGUUACACCAUUAUAUGCUUGUGCUUGCAUAUUGUGGAAUAGUGCAAGUUAUACCUAACAUGUGUGCAAUUUUUUCAUCGUUUGAUUAAAUUGUUUUCCUUUUAGGGUGUACAGAACAAAAAACAUGGCUGGAAUGUAUCCAUUAGAUUAAAAUCUCACGGGUAGAAAAGAAAGUGACUGAUAUACACACACAAAAUCAGGCACGUGAA